UUGCGAAUGUACGUAUUUAAUCUGCGACCAGCGGUACAUCUUCGCCGCACAACCGGAUUGCAAACACUCAAGAAAACAGAGGGACAAAUCAUUUUGUAUUUCUAUUCAAAGCGACUGAAACCUGCAUUGGACGUCUUUAAUUUUUUCUUAAACCAGUAGGACUCUAAAACUCCGAGAUGUCUCUGGCAGAUGAGCUCCUGGCUGAUCUGGAGGAGGCCGGAGAUGAGGGAGAGGAUGGACUGUACCCAGAAGAAGAGAGGGACAGCGAUGGAGAGCCGAACCAGGGAAGUGCAGACGGAGGGCUGGAAGACAUCCCAGAGGAGAUGGAGGUGGACUACAGUAAAGCUGAGAGCGUUGCGUCUAUUGCAAAGCUUCGCAAUAGCAAACAGUUUUCAGAGAUAAUAGACAAAAUUUCUGAAUAUAUUGGGAAGCAGCGUAAGAACUCAGAGGUCUCAGGCCCAGUCGAGGCCGACCCAGAAUACAGACUGAUAGUCGCAGCUAAUAACCUCACAGUGGAGAUCGACAACGAGCUCAAUAUCAUCCACAAGUUUACCAGGGACAAAUACUCCAAGAGGUUUCCAGAGCUGGAGUCUCUGGUGCCGGAUUCUUUGGAUUACAUCCGUACUGUCAAGGAGCUGGGAAACAAUCUGGAGAAAUGCAAAAACAAUGAGACGCUGCAGCAAAUCCUUACCAACGCCACCAUUAUGGUUGUCAGUGUCACAGCCUCAACCACACAGGGGUCGUUGCUGAGUGAGGAUGAACUGAAGCAGCUGGAGGAGGCGUGCGACAUGGCCCUGGAGCUGAACCAGUCUAAACACAGGAUUUAUGAAUAUGUAGAAUCCAGAAUGUCCUUCAUUGCUCCAAACCUGUCCAUCAUUGUUGGAGCAUCAACAGCAGCAAAGAUCAUGGGUAUCGCCGGAGGCCUCACUAACCUGUCAAAGAUGCCAGCCUGUAACCUGAUGCUGCUGGGAGCGCAGAGGAGAACCCUCUCUGGCUUCAGCAGCACCUCUCUGCUCCCUCACACCGGCUUCAUCUAUCACUGCGAUGUUGUGCAGUCAUUGCCACCUGAUCUCAGGAGGAAGGCAGCUCGUCUGGUGGCUUCAAAAUGCACUCUGGCCGCAAGAGUGGACAGUUUCCACGAGAGUUCAGAUGGCAAGGUUGGCUAUGAUCUAAAAGAAGAAAUAGAAAGGAAGUUUGAUAAAUGGCAGGAGCCUCCACCCGUGAAGCAAGUCAAACCACUGCCAGCCCCGCUGGAUGGACAGAGGAAGAAGAGAGGAGGAAGGAGGUACCGAAAGAUGAAAGAGCGUCUCGGGCUGACUGAGAUCAGAAAACAUGCCAACAGGAUGACCUUUGCAGAGAUUGAAGAUGAUGCGUAUCAGGAGGAUCUGGGCUUCAGUCUGGGUCAGCUGGGGAAGAGCGGCAGCGGCAGAGUCAGGCAGGCUCAGGUCAACGAGGCCACCAAAGCCAGGAUCUCCAAAUCCCUGCAGAGAACAUUGCAAAAGCAGAGCAUGACAUAUGGAGGAAAGUCCACAGUCAGAGAUCGUUCUUCAGGAACCAGCUCCAGCGUAGCAUUCACACCUCUCCAGGGGCUGGAGAUCGUGAACCCGCAGGCUGCAGAGAAGAAGGUGGCUGAAGCUAACCAGAAAUAUUUCUCUAACAUGGCAGAGUUCCUCAAAGUCAAGAAGGAAGCUAAGAUGUGAAGACAUACGGACGCCCUGCACAUGGACAGUUGCAAAGUUGUGAAAGUAUAUUUUAAAAUUUGGCUCACCUCGUGUUAUUUUUUUUAUUUUAUUUUUUGAAACUUGUUUUCGACUUAAGGGUUUUUUUCCCCCAUCUAAAUAAAAUAUAGAGUUCACUUUGUAGGUAUGUUUUUUCUAAAAACAAGAAACAGGAGCCUCCUCUGUGACAUUUGAAUUUAUACCUGCUUGUUUUGAUCUUCGAUUUUGAGUGAAACUGAACUAAUUAUGUUGAAUUUUGAGUUAAUACAGAGUUUAUUUUUACUGAAAGUAAAGCUGCUACGAAUAAGAUAAAAUCCCCACGGUCACUUUAUUAGGAACUUGCUAGUACUGGGUUGGACUCUUUUGUCAUCAGAACUAGUUUACAUUUUUAUGGAUCUGAUUCAACAAGGUGAUGGAAACGAUCACACAGGUGCUGUAGUUAUCAGCUAAUGAUCUAAAUCUCAUGUUUCACCACAUUUCAAAGGUGACUGUGAUGAUCAUCUGAGCUUUGUCAAAUGUCCGUAACCUACUGGAAGCAGGUUAACAUGCCAUGACCACAGUGUACCCAUCGCUGUGUCAUAAAGGGACACGGUCAGCAACAGAACAGACUUUGCUUUGUGAGGAAAGCAGAUGCAACAAGGUUGCAUCAUUUUACAGGUUUUUUCUUUGUGUAGCUACCAAACAGCACUAUGACAGUUAUUUAAAUCUGCAGGUAAUGUGUAGUUACUUUGAUGGGCAGGUGCAUGUCAGGUGUGCUUACUGUAAGUGAAGCUAAACGCAGCAGAUCUUAAUAUUAUUUUCCUUAUGUCAUCCGGUAUUUCUUGGGACACCAAAAAACAAAACAAAUUAAAGGUGAUGGAAAAUAUGUGGAUCCAUAUUCCAUGUAGGAAUGACAGGACUUUACGCCACACACUGAUGGAUAAUUUCUUAAAAGUAUUUAUUGAAAUUUUACAAUCCUGUUAUAACCCCAUUUAUGACAUCUCCCAUGCAGAACUGUGAUGAGAAAAAUUGUAAAUGUGUUGAAAUUCACAUUUUAGCAGUUUCACUGACCUUUCUGUAAACCUUAAAAGCCCAAAAAAUAGAAUCUAUAAAAGGCAAAUCUCUCAGAACGUUGCUGCAUUUUCCUUGUUUUUUUCCCCUCCCACAUGCUCAUCCCCCUCUUUUCCCUCCCACAAAAAAAAGCCUGAAAACAAAUCACACACAACAUAACCUGUGGUACAGAACUCUUCAUGGUUGCUUAAAUGGAAAACUGAUUCGGUUUUAACACUCUCCCUCAUUCAAACUGCCAGGAAAAGGUAGGAUGCGUCCCAUCCCAGAUUAAAUCUUACUGUUCUUCGGGCUAACACAAUGGAACAACCACGGCAGACGAGACACUUUCUACUCAACCCACGAGUUAAAUUUACCACCUGAAUUUUAGGAUUUCUGUUUCAACUCUACAUGUAAACAGUUUAGUCAGUGCACAUUCACUGUAUAGGGCUUUCACUGAAAUAUCAGGUGGUAAACUGAACUCAGUGAAGUCUGGGAUAAAGUAACAACAGAAUAAAACCUUGGCUAAAGCUGGGAAGUUGACCCAACCAAACCCAGAUUUAUUAUCUAAUGCUGUGUGUACUUUUGAGGAAAUGAGAGGUGACCCUCUGCUCAACAUGGCCUUUUCACACUGAGGGAAAAUUAAACAUCAAGUAGAUUAAUGUCUCAAAUCCUAUCUUUAAGAGUUGUUUACAAGUUUAUUAAUUUGUCACAAACAUGAAGGCGCAAUAAUAAUGCAUUUUCCUUGACACGUUAACUUAAAAACAUUUUAUUUGUAAAGAGAGGGAGUCAGAGACCAGUUCAAUUGCAUAGCAAUUUAAUCCAUGUCCAAUAAGGACUCUUUCCCUGUCACAGGGAGAGGCCCUGUGGUCACUCUCAAUCAGCGUUUUAAAUCGACCAAGACAAUAUCAAUAAAACUAUUGAUAACCGCUCACUAUCUUCAAUAGUGACCAUAUUUAACAGGCAUUGUAGGAUCUUAAAAGAAGCCAUUCCUACACACCAUGACUAAAUGUCCACUGUACGUCCCCAUUCUAAACCACCAAAUUACAGUAAAUACGAGAUGGGCAGUUUACUUAAUCAAAUCCAAAAGUCUGUUUUGUGUCAAGUCAAAAGGCUUCCAGGCUGAUGUCGGGUAGAUGGUACAGAGAAUCGUGUUGAAACGGG